AAUUACCAAGCAAUGCAGGCACCACCUAAAACUUCUUCAUAGUAAAAACAAAAGUCGUUGUGUCUUCAUAUUCCCAUCUCAAAACAUCAUCCAUUCAUCUUCUUCCUCACAACAAACCCUCUCUCUCUGAUCAAGCAAAAAAGCCAAGAUGGGGUUCACCAAAGUGAGCCAGAAAUUUGUGACUCAGGUAACUCCAGAAAGGAUGUUCAAGGCCUUGGUCCUUGAUGCCCACAACAUCUGCCCCAAGCUCAUGUUUUCAUCAAUCAAAAGUAUUGAUUUCGUUGAAGGUGAAGGGGAGGUAGGAACCAUCAAACAGAUCAACUUCACUGAAGCUAGCCCUAUGAGAUAUGUGAAGCACAGGAUUGAUGCUCUGGACAAAGAGGCACUCAGUUGCACCUACACUUUCAUAGAAUGCGAUGCAGAAAAUAGUUUGCUGGAAAAGCUUGAAUACAUAACUUAUGAAGUCAAGUUUGAGGGAUAUGGCAGAGGAGGAUGCAUAUGUAAUUUGACAAGCACAUACAAAGCCAAAGAUGAUAUACAUAUCAAAGAAGAGGACAUUGAGCUUGGAAAAGACAGAGCUAUUGGGAUGUAUGAAGUUUUGGAAGCCUACCUCAUGGCACACCCUCGUGCCUACACUUAAAAUUUCCAAUAAACCUUCAAGUUUUUGUAUACAUUUUUUGGAUUUUAUUGUUCAUGUUUUUUUUUUCCUUUUCCAGAAGUGCUUUUCUUGUUGUGCUUUCCUUAAUUUUCUUGUUCUUGCACAAGAUUGUGAUUCAGAUGAAUAUAUAAUUUUGGUCAUAAUCUACUGAAUCUGGGGGAUUUUAUCUC